AUGAGUGGAGUGAAGGAAGCGGUGGCGCGCGUGUCUGAUGCGCUGGACGCGUGUAUACCACAGAUGCAAGACUCGCUGCAGCGGCGGAAGGAGGCGCUGCGCGUACCGCGACUAGAUGUGCAUACAUCUCAAGCCGAGCUGGAGUCGUGCAUGCAGCAUGACUUGCCGCAGAUAUAUGAACGCGCCCACAAAGCGUGUGUGGAUGCGAGAUCUGAUGCAGACAAGCCUGGGCUGUGGGAGGAAGUGCUCACAUCAUGUAUAUCGAGCAAGAUGCACACCUAUAUUCGGGCGUAUGCUAGCGUCGAAGAUGCGGUAGAUCGCCUGGAUAUGGCCUUGUACUUGGCCCGGCACCACAUGGCUGAUGCGAGCUUACCCCUUUCAUCUCUGGAAGAGGUGCUAGAUGAAUCGACCGUGUCGGCCUGCGAUCAUCUCUUUGCGUACGCAGAGCUACGUGCCCCCGUUUUGACGCAGGAUAUGGUGCCCACCUCAGGUAAGGGCCUCGUCCUUUUGCGCAUUGGCAACAAGCUCUUGCGCCGCUUGUCCAAGACACAUCGAGGGCACGCCGUACUAGCUGGUCGUGUUUUGCUGUUGCUCUCGUCGACAUUCGCCGUCAAUGAGCGCAGCGGCGUAAAUCUCAAGGGCGAGUUUGGUCCGAAUCUGCUCGAACCGCCUCCUGUCGCCACAGGCGACGCCCCAUCGAGCACCGCACCUGAUGCCCUCAUGAUGCAUCCAAAUUUCUACGUGGCCUUCUGGGCUAUGCAAGCCUAUUUUAUGAAUCCCGCCUGUCUGUGGCAGCAGGACGAGGUACCGCCAGGCGCACAAGCACUCGAAGCACUGACGCUGCUUUCCUCAGACUCGUUUACACCCAUGAAAACCUUUCAAGUGGGCAUUCAAUGCGUGCUGGACGUGUUCCGGUGGCUCCACAAAAGGACCGAUGCCUCCGCCAAAGCUCACACCGGCCUGUUCCACGAGACAGAGAUGGCGUCAGCGUAUCCCCAAUACCUAACUCACCAAGAUCUAUUCGUGUAUGAACUGCAAAACAUGGCCUUCCAGCGGCAGUUCCUGAUGCAGUGUCUAAUCACGUUCCAGUACCUGCUAGGACAAACAAGUGCCAGUCACGAACACUGCCAGGCGUGGAAGAACCAACUUCUUGUGCCACCCCAUACCCUGUGUGAUGCGGACGAGCAAUGGGUACGCAAAACAUGGCGACAAGUCCAAACACUGCUGCGCGAUUCUGCCAAAGACGGCAAAGUGUUUCUCGAUGCCGCUCUCCUGCUGCUUCGGCGAGAAAGCAGCUGGAUUCGAUGGAAAGGAGAUGGCGCGCCAUCGUUUUAUCACGAUAUGUUCCCUGCUGACACGCUGCAGGCAUGUUCUGACAAGAUCGCGACUGUGUUCUCUGUACAAGAGCCUUGGUAUCCUCAUGCCGUCGGUACGGCAGAAUUGUCGCGGCUCUGGGCGAAUGGCCUUCACAUUCCCGCACCCUCCCGUGUCGAGGUGCAGGAUGAGGAAGGACAGACCAAAAGCGUCACCACGGAUGGCUGGGAAGACCUCGAAUUCCCACCGAAUCGUCCGUCGGUCCAAGCCUUGUGCCGAAUGAUGGAACACAGCUCAGACGCAGACAAGAAACAAGGCCUCGCAUGGCGGGCGUUACGAUGCGUUGGUCGUGAACAUCUGCACUUGUUAGCCUGCAUGACAUCGCUGGAUGAUAUCCCAAGUCUCUUACAGGUGAUGGACGACGAGAAGAAAGGCGUGCCAUACGAAUCAGAGCAUAUGGGUCAAGAACCCAUGGCGGACGAGGACAUACCCGAUGAAGACAUGCCUCCUGCUCACGAAGAGACGCACCAAGAACCUUGCCCAGAAGAAGGUCCCCAAGAAGAGACGUUCGACGAAGCCCCUCCAGAAGCCCCAGCAGACGGCCAUGAGGACUCGACCCAAGACACGUUGGAACAUGCCGACCAUGACCAGGCCGACGACGACGCGUCACAUCAAGAAACUGCGCCCAAAGACGUCGAAGAUGCCCCGUCGUCUGUGCUUUCCUCAUCGUCCUCCUCACCCCUGUCUUCCUCCGGCGACGCCGAUCAUGGCGAUGCUGAUGCCACCUUCAUGACGGCGCCUGCGCCUGACGUCCCAUCCAGCAUGGACAUUUAA